AUGCAGGACACGCGCUCAUCGGAGCCUGCAUUCCCCGGAAGCGGCAAAGGUGGAGCUGUGUCAGAACCACCAGCGACCGCGCCAGGACAGAUCCUGACUGGCAAACAGGAGCACUACCUCAAGCGCGAGCUCAUCGCUCGGCAAGUGCGCGGCGAAAUCUCCGAGCUGAACUCGCCUACCGCGCUGCAACGAUUCGGCGCGCCGUUUCGGUCGGAGUUUGGUGAGGUUGCGCCCGUCGACUCGGAACUACCUAUCCUUCGCUAUAUCUUCGUGCACCACGUUCGCAACUUCCCCUUUCUCGACCAGGCUCAGGAGAAGCAGUUCUGGCAGGACAAGCUACAAGUGUUCCUUGAAUCCUUUGCCAACAAGCAUGUCUCAUCAUCGGAAGACCGGCUGGAGGAGACAAAGCGGAGGAAACUGGCGCGAAAGUGCGAGAAGCUUGUGGAGUUGAUGAUGGUAUCCGGUGUACCGACUGCGUCGGGCUACGAGGAGCGCAUCCAAUUUUCUGAGAUUGAGGUCGUUGACCGCGGUGCCAAUGAUAAGGGUCUGCUGGUGAACAUGCCCGAGGGGAAUUCCAUCAAUGGUUGGGAUGUCAACGUGGCUGCUGUUCGGGUCACUUCUGUGAAGCGCACAGUACGCUAUCACCCACACGCCGAAUUUAUUAUUCGCGUGCGUCGAGACGGUAAGGAUGAUAUCUAUGUUGGCAGAAGAUAUGGAGAGUUCGUCAAGCUCCACCGGAGACUGCGCACCGAAUUCCCUGGCAAACACCUACCUCCUCUCCCUCGCAAAAACAAGAGCUCUACUUCAUCCAGCUGGUUCGGGUCUAAUGACGAUGAUGCUUCGUCUGUCUCUUCUAUUUCAACCCAGGAUGCGAGCCUUUCCGAUGAGAGGACAUCCACGACCGGCCGCACCCUGGCCCCGGGAACUGUCCAUCGAUCAGCGUCGAAGGGGUCGAUGCGCGCAUCCAAGUCGCCACGUGCAUCAGCGGAAAUCUCCAGAGAGACUGUUCUUUACAGAGAAGAGCAGCGCGUAUCACUACGUGCAUUCCUUCGAACGCUCCUGCAAAACAAGAAAUAUGCCGAGUCGAAGUCGGUGGAAGAGUUCCUAACCGCAAAGCCCAUGACACUGAACGAAGAAGAAUUGAUCGAUGUUCAGCGACGAAAGGGCAUGGAUGCAAUCCGAAUCGAGGAGCAGAAGCGCUUCUACGAGAUUGCUAGGCAACGCGCUGCGGAGUUGGACGUUUAUAUGGAGAAGUUCCGUCGGGAUAUCGUGGAAAGCAACGGGUUGACAAAACUCUUUGCUGAGAUUAAGGAGAAGAACACCAUUGCGGAGCUCAGCCCACAGUAUCAGAAGUUUGCUGAGUGGCUGCGCAUCGAAGUGGCAGCGACCGUAUACCACUUAUUCCUUGCCGAGGAUAACUCACCUGAGCUGUUUGCGCAGGCCAAGAGGAUUCACGGCCUUGUCCCUUACACCCUGAUGAAGAAUGUGAUCCGUAUUGCCAACCCCGCGGCUGUCAUGACCGGUGUUCUCGAUCUCUUCAUGGCUCAGCCAUUCGGUUCGCGGUCGCUGCUCCAACGUAUCUUCUCAUUGACCUUGAAUGAGAGUAUCAAAGACUUCCAAAAGUCAAUCAAUUCGCUAGCUGCAAAGGUCGAGGAUAGAGUCCUCACUGAUAAGCUACAGAACUUCGUGAACGCAGAGGAGUCGAUCAAGAACGAUAUUCGUGAGGAAGCCGUGAACGAGGAUGUUGAUAUUAUCGUGGCCAUUCUUCGCUCCGAAGUUAUCUCCCCAGAGCUUGGCCCCGAGCAGAUUGGCAAGGUGUUUAAUGGAUGGGUGGCGUGGAACAACGCCGUGGACAACGUGGACCUGGAAAUGCAACAAGGCGCCCAAUGGUUCGCUCACAUGAAGCAGCUCUUGAAGCUCUACACCCGACAGCGCGACAAGUCCAUGAUGCUCAGCAUUGUCGAGGAGCCCACCACCCUUCAACUAUUCCGCGACCUCUUCACCAUCUUCUACGAGCCGCUAGUCAGGGUAUACAAGUCCGCCAACGUCUACAGCAGUAUCACCGACUUUGCCCAAUUCGCCGACGAUGCGAUUGCCGUGAUCGAAAGCGCCCAGCGCCAGGAUGCCUCGGCAGACCCGAACCAGACUGUCCAGUCAUUCAUUGAUCUAUGCGCACGCCACCAAGACAACUUUUACAAGUUCAUCCACGAGGUGCACCUCCACGACAACGGCCUGUUCGGAUCCCUCAUGUCAUGGAUCGAGGAGAUUCUCGACUUCUUGCGCAAGGGCCCGACUGGCGGCAAGCUCGACAUGAAUGCUCUGUUCCAGGGCGCUGCUGGCUUCGGCCAAAUCGACAAGGAUGUCGCAAUCGCUGAGAUCAACGCGCUAGUCAAGUGGCAAGAAGACCGCAAGCGCUGGCACCUAAACAAGACGCGCCAGAAGAUGGCCGCAGAGGGCACUGGCAACGACUCUAUCCCGGGCGCCACAGCCUUCAAGGGCAGCGACUUUGGUCUCGACGAGGCUGAUCUGGAAGACCUCACUAUCUCCGACGAAGCCUCCGACUCAUCUGAUGAAGGUUCCGCCGAAGACGAACAAGAUGACCCGAUCGCCGCCGAGCGUCGCCGACGCAUCAAGAAGCAGGACCAGCUUCGCCGCACCGCAGGAGAACCCGUCAAGCCCGACGUGACCGAGAUCCUGAAGCUUCACGAGCCGUUCAUCGUGAUGUUGCGACACGUGCUGGCCGAGUAG